AUGACAUUUCUCGUUGUCAAAUUUCGUUAUAAGACAAAAAUGUAAAUAUUUACGUCUGAAAUCGAUUCAAACAAACUUAGUAGCAAAUUCCUCUUAAAAAUAAUUUUAAAAUUGUUUCAAAAUGAAUAUUUUGCCAAAGAAAAGUUGGCACGUCCGCAACAAGGACAACAUCGCGCGGGUUCGCCGCGACGAAGCGAAAGCCGCCGAGGAGGAAAAGGAACGCCAGCGGCGGGUCGCGUUGGCCGACCAGGAGGCCAAAAUCAACUUUUUGCGCCAGAAGGCACGCCAGCAAGGGGGAGCACACGCAGAAACAGUCGCAACUUCAGACGAGUUGGAGUCCCGGUUGAACCGGAAGGAGCAUGUGAACUUCUUUGAGGAGUUGGAGAGCGGGAAGAGCAACGGGGUUGGGCGGAAGAACGUGGAGCACGAGCGGGAGAAGAAGGAGGAGCAGGAAAAGUACGAGAAGCAGGUUGGGUACUUGACGUAUUUGGGGCAGGAUACUAACGAGGCGACCGGGCGGAGGGAUUGGUACGAUGUGGCGCCGAGGAGGGAGGAAACGGUUGGUGAGGAUGGGAAGAGGGUGGAGGUGGGGCUGAAGACGAAGGAGUACAACGAUCCGUUGAAUGUGAUGCGGCGGUAUGUGCCGGGGAUGAGGACGGCGUCGCUUCCGUCGGCGAAGAAGGUGGAGGAGGAUGGUGGGGGGACUUCCGGCCAGUUUCAGUACCAAUCCCUGACGGGGAAGCGCAGGAGAAGCUCGUCUGGAAGUGAGAGGGCUCCGAAGCGGAAGAAGAAGCAGAAGCAUCACAAGAAAAAGUCUAAGAAAGAGAAGAAGAAGCGGAAGAGGCGUCGGAGUUCCAGCUCGGACCAGUCUACGGACGAGGAGCAGCGGCGGAUUAAAAAGGCAAAGCUGGAGUUGCUUCGGAGGCAGAGGUUGGCCAGAGAGCAGGAGGAAAAGGCGCGCACGGAAAAGCUGUUGGCGAAGGUGAGGGGUGAUCCGGAACCGAAGGCGAAGGAACCGACGCCUGCUCCAGUUGCGCCGGUUGUGAAGCAAAAGUACAACUCGCAGUUCAAUCCGGAGCUUGCCAAGCAGAACUUUGAAUAAAAGAGUUUGAUUUUAGCCGUUUAUUCUACA